UGGUGUCUUGGACCAAAGACCCAGACCCGAACUCCAUCGCUGUUUUCCACCCCGAGACAUCGGAGUUUAUCGCUGCUCUCUCCAGACGUUCCCACAAGGCCCCUGGAACCGAAUCAUCCAAGUGGAGGACUUAGACGAACCGCCCGCAGACGAAGCAGAAGAAAACGCUGCGGUCAUGGAGGCCGACUCUCACCUGACGGCGACGCCUAGCAACAACCUGACCAUUGAGUGCAGCCAUGGGCACAACGGCACCGUUCUGCAGUCGGUGGUGGAGCACAUGGCGUUGGGUCACCCGUGGGCGAUCGUCGGCAUAUGCAAGCGCGUGGAGGGCGGCACGCUGAGCGAAGACUACAGUGAGCGCGGUCACGUCAGCUGCGAGGACAGCCUGGACGUCAGUCUGCACCUGACGGCCGUGGCGCAAGAAGACGGCGGCUUCUACCGCUGUAGCUUCAGCACGGAGGCUGGCCUGAAGACCAGCACGGUCAUGGUCACAGUGCCUGCUACUGGUGGCUUCAGCCUGUCCGUGUACAUGAUGUUUGUUUACUUGGGGACAGCGACUGCUGGACUCAUCCUGCUGACGAUCCUGAUCAUCAUCCUGCUGAGGCGCAGGAAGAAGAGCAGGACAGAGGAGGUGAGGGAUAAGCUCCACCCAUCUCACACACAAGUGCGUGUGUCUCCAGAGAGAUGGCGGCGCUGGUGGGCGAGAGAGCUGACAUGCACACAAGUCUAUUGAGACCACAUGCAAGUAAAGCGCAGUGAUGAACUCGGCAGCCAUCUUUGUAAUUCUUCACCCUCCCUCUCUCGUGUGUGUGAGCAACAAUACUUUUAUUAAGGAAAACUUUCUGGAAGUUUAACUUUUAACUGAAAUACAAGUGACACAUGAAAUAAAAGUGA